UUCACUUUUGUUUGUUUACGUUUUAAGCUAGUGUGCGCAGUAGCGAAAAAAAAAAAAGUUAGCGAAGAGAUGCUUCUUAGUUUGAGGUUAUAUAUGUUAACAUCAAUAGUUGCAGAACAGAAUUAAAUAGUUAUAAUGGCCUCCAAGAGAAAGAGAACAGAGAAGCAGAAGGAUUUCGUCAAGGCCAAGUUGAAAGUAGGAAAAACCGCCAAAAAACCAGAUAAUUAUACCGAUACAUCGUUCACAGCCAAGACCAUCUCAUUACCCAAUCAAUCUAUACAAUCAAGGGUUAGUAAUGCUGGAAGUAGUAGUACAAGUAGUGGUAGUGCUAGUCAAACAGAUAUUGAUUUAACUCAUCAAUUAUCUUUAACUAAACAUCAUUCUUCAUCUACCAGAAAGGAAGUACUUUUAUAUAUCCAAAACCAUUUACCAGCUAAUAAUCCAUCACUUUAUAAGCAAAUAGUAGCUUCAACAGUUCCAUUAAUAUUAGAUACAUCUAUGCAAGUAAGAACCCAAUUAAUUAGUUUAUUGACGGAAUGUGCCAAUAAGCAACCAGGAUUACUUGAUUUACAUAUCAGAUCCAUCAUUUUAUUUAUUCAUUCAGCCAUGACCCAUAUUCAACCAGAAAUACGAAAUUCAGCCAGUAAGUUCUUAGCCAUCUUAAUAGAACAUGCACCAUCAUCAUUAGUAAAAUCAUAUUUUAUAAAGACUCUUAGAAGUUAUUUUACAUUAAUGUCAUGGACAUUAACUACCGAUAAAAAAUCUGUAUCAUUAGCUAUUACUACAAGUUCAACUAUUGGUAAUUCAUCGGUUAAAAAGGCCAGAAGUCAUCAUGUAUCAAUAUUAAAAUCAUUUUUAAAUGCAUCCUUAUUUAUUGAAGAACAAAAAAAUAAUGAUAUAGAUGAAGAGAAUGUUAUACUCACACAUCCACAAUCCUUAAAAUAUCUAGUACCGACUACUAGUCAACCAUUUACUUCAUUAAAGUUAUUCACAGCAGAUAUGCCUCGUAGACAAAUUUCAAGUACAGAUAAAGAAUCUAUGAAUUCAGGAUCGAGUGAUGAUGGAAAAUUCCAUAUAGCUGAUCUUGAUACUUUAUCAACAGAAGAUAUAUCUACUAGACGUAAAAUAAUUAUAGAUAUCUUCUUGCACCCCCUCACUAAAAACUUAAAUAAUCUUAUAAAGGAAGGUGGAGAAGUAGGUAAAGAAGCUAAAGGAUGCCUCACUGUAUUAGAGAAGCUAACUGCAGAAAUUUCUAGUAAUAAGGAAAAUGAAACAACUAUAUAAUUACAUAUAUAGACA